CUUUCCCCCCCCCCCUCCCAACGGACGCACACAGCUAUGGACGAUCCGAGUCCCUGUUCAUCAAUUUCAGACCAACCGAACGCCGGCGUUUCCUCCACGCUAGAACGCAAGGCCUCGUUCAACAACCGGGAUCGUCCCAAGCGCCUACAGAUCAAACUCUUACCGGGCCAGGUUGCCUUCCGCUUCCUCAUCCACGUCUCUGACGUUGGCCGACUCCUUUGCAACAACGGCGCCGUCGUCUCCCGUAUCCGCCGAGAGACGUCCACCAGAAUCCACUGCGAGGCGGUCGAUCCCGGUUCCAACCUCCGGGUCGUCCUCGUCGUUGGAUUUGGGUCGAGAGAUGGGCGGGACGUUUCGAGUGCUCAGGAGGCCGUCCUUAGGGUUUUCGAGAGCGUAUCGGAAAAGGUAGGGGAUGGGGGCUGGGACGUUGUUUGUUGGAAAAUGCUAGCGCACACGUCUCAGGUUGGUGCGGUGAUGGGGAGAGGAGGGCAAAACAUUAGAAGAGUGAGGACUGAGACCGGUGCUCAGAUUAGGAUCUUGCCGGCCCCGCAUUGGAUGGCUGAGGACGACGAAUUGAUUCAGAUUACGGGUGACCUUUUGGCUGUAAAGAAAGCCCUGGUUGAUGUUUCUAGCAGUCUCCAAGAUUGUCCACCGUUUGAUAAAGCCACAACCCAUAUGACGAGACCUCUUGAGGAUUCUCCCUACGGAGCCUCUCCCGAAUCACAGGCACAUCUUAUACAUGUUAGUUCAUCGUUACCGCCGCCUUUGCCUGAAAACUCAGGAACUAGUGCUUCGCACGGCGAUACGUCACCGUUGUCCUUGCCGAGAUAUGCCGAAAGAGUAGUCUCUGGCAUAGACAAAAAGGGCUCUCCCCAACAAGAGGUUGUGUUCAGAAUGCUCUGUUCUUAUCAUGCGGCUGGGUGGGUGAUUGGCAAAAGAGGGGCCAUUGUCAAAGCCCUGCAAAAUGAAGCUGGUGCAUCUAUAAUGUUUGCAGCUCCUACAAAUAAGUCCGGCGAGCGUGUGGUCACCAUUUCUGCUUGGGAGAACCUUGAAUCAUCACAGUCUCCUGCACAAAAUGCUGUAAUUCUUGUCUUCACUAGAAUGAUUGAGGGUGUCAUUGAAAGGGGAUCUCUAUCAGGCUCUAGUGAGGGUAGACCUGUAAUGGCUAAGCUUCUAGUUGUAUCAGAUUUGGUUGGUUGUUUGGGUGGCAAUGAUGGUAAGGUACUUACAGAAUUGAGAGAAGUCACUGGUGCUGAUAUACGGAUAGUGGAAGGGGAGCACAUUCUGACUUGUGGUUCAGUGAAUGAUACAGUAGUACAGAUUACAGGAGAUUACAAGAGUGUUGAGAAUGCUCUGUUUCAAGUUACUUAUAGUCUGAGGGAUAAUCAAUUGAGAGCAAAGUACCCCUAUGUAAGAGUGAGUGAAGACCCUUUUAGAACUGAUACUGUUCCCAGCAACAUAGGUGCUAUUUCUUCACCACCGAGGUUGCAGCUGCCACAGAUUACAGGCAGCAUUUCAGCUAUGAAGAAAGCACUGAAUGAGGUUUCUACCUCUCUCCAAGAUUGUUUUCCAAUAGACAAAGCCCCAACCCCUUUAACCAGAUCUCUUAGGGGCUCUUCCUAUGGAUCUCCUGAUCCACAUGCAGAGCUGUUACCACAUCUUAGUUCACCGUUACCACCUUUGCUUGGAAAUUCAGGAAAUAUGGCCUUAAAUGACAAUACAUCAUUGCCGAUACAUGCUGAUGUAGUAGUUUCUGGCCAGGACAAAAUGGGUACAGAACAAGAAGUUGUGUUCAGGAUGCUGUGUUCGAAUCAUGCAGCUGGGUGUGUGAUUGGCAAAAGAGGGGCCAUAGUCAGAGCACUGCAGAAUGAAGCUGGUGCUUCUAUAUCAUUUGCAGCUCCUUUAACAGAGUCUGGUGAGCGUGUGGUCACCAUCUCUGCAUGUGAGAACCUUGAAUCAUCAUACUCUCCUGCACAAAUUGCUGUGGGUCGUGUCUUCGCUAGAAUCAUUGAGGGUUUUAUUGAAAAGGGAUUCCUGUCAGGCUUGGGUGACCGUCGAGCAGUAACAGCUAAGCUUCUAGUUGCAUCAGAUUUUGUUGGUCAUUUGAGUGGGAAUGGUGGUAAGCUACUUUCCGAAAUGAGAAGAGCCACGGAUGCUGAUAUACAGAUAUUGGAAGGGGAGCACAUUCUAAAUUGUGUUUUAAUGAGUGAUUUAGUAGUACAGAUUACAGGAGAGUUUAGAAGUGUACAGAAUGCUCUGUUUCAAGUCACUGGCAGUAUCAGGGAUCAUCUAUUACUCAGUGGGGUUUUCAGGGAAGUGACUGUGAAGUCCCCCCAUUUAAGAUUGAGUGAGGGCCCUCUGAGAAAUGAGCCUGUUCCCCAUAACGUAAGUGCUCCUUCUUCACCAAGGUUUCAGCUGCCGCAGACUGCAGGAAGUGGACAAACAACAGCAAUCUCAGACAGUGAAGGAGGCAUCACAACCUUUAGGGGGGAUUCAGAGCUUGGGAGUGGAAAGAAACUUGCUACUGUGACAGCGACAACUGUUGAGAUUAAGAUCUCUGAACAUGUUUUUGGCUCUGUUUACGGUGAAGAUGGGAGUAACUUGGAUCGCAUAAAACAGAUUUCAGGAGCAAAAGUCGAGGUGCAUGAUCCUCGUCCUGGCGAAAGAGAAGGGAGGGUCGUUAUAUCAGGGACACCUGAUAAAACCUUUGCAGCCCAGAGCUUGCUUCACGCCUUCAUACAAUCUGCAAAGAAAACACCAUAUAAUUGAUUGACCCAUGGCUACCCUUUUGUUACUCACUUUAGUUGUCCUUAGGAUGAGAUGGUCCUUGUGCAUUUCAUAUACUUACUGUGUAGACUAUGCUUAAAAGCGAAGGUAAAGUUACAUGUUACUUGUGUAUUAGAAUCACUAAUUUUUUUGUCUGAAGUUUUACUAACAAAGUUCGGUACAGACCCAUACGAGCGCUUCUUAACAUGUUUGUAAUCUUUCAACUUGUAAUCAUAGUUCUCUUUAUAUUUGGGGGCUUUGGGGGGGACUUGUAAUCACAGGCUUACCGUUGGCUUAUUUACUUUGUCAUAUUACAACACUAAUUUUUUCCUUC